UUAUUUUAGAAUCAAAAAACCAUCAUGCUUCCAAAAUUUUCAAACCAUGGAUUGGAUCCAACCCCACAUGCUGCCACAGUCCAAAGAAUCCGUCAAAAAAACUUCACAAUUUCUGUCAGAAAAUUAAACAAAAAUAAUUUAAAUAAAUCUCUCUCUUUCUCUCUCUACAAUUAGCAUUAUAAAAGGUACUUGGUUGAGACAGCUUUUUCUUCAAAUCCUCGUCCUUUUGUUUGUAAAUCCCGGAUCGAAACCCAAGGAAAUGGGUUUCCCACUGCUAUUCUUCCAAGCCUUGUUGUUGUUUCUCUCCCUGUUUUUGUUUUCCCACCAAACAGAAGCAGAGGACUUCAUUUCCCUCAGCAAUGCAACCCAUUUGAGUGACAGAAAACUUGCUGGUAAAUGCAAUCUGUUUAGCGGUAAAUGGGUUUACGAUGCUUCAUACCCUCUCUACUCCUCUUCGUGUCCCUUCAUAGAUCCCCAGUUCGACUGCCAAAAGUACGGCCGCCCUGAUAACUUGUACCUCAAAUACAGAUGGCAGCCUUUCUCCUGUUCCUUUCCCAGGUUUAACGGGCUAAAUUUCUUGGAGAAGUGGAGGGGGAAGAAGAUAAUGUUCGUGGGGGACUCCUUGAGCUUGAAUCAGUUCCAGUCUUUAACUUGCAUGAUUUACGCUUGGGUGCCAAAGUCUAAGACCACAUUCAUCAGGAAAGAUGGGCUCGCUUCUGUAACUUUCGAGGACUAUGGAGUUAAAAUACUCCUCUACCGUACACCAUACCUUGUGGAUCUUGUUAAUGAAGACAAAGGGCGAGUGUUGAAGCUUGAUUCCAUAAAGAGCGGCAAUGCAUGGAGGGGAAUGGACGCUCUGGUCUUUAACACGUGGCAUUGGUGGACCCACACCGGAAGAACCCAACCAUGGGAUUAUAUGCAAGAGGGGAAUAAAUUGUACAAAGAUAUGAACCGUAUGGUUGCAUAUUAUAAAGGGUUAACAACUUGGGCUAGAUGGGUCAACCUAAAUGUUGAUGCUUCCAAGACCAAGGUCUUCUUCCUUGGGAUUUCUCCCACCCAUUACGAGGGCAAGGAUUGGAAUCAGCCAUCAAAAUCAUGCUCCGGUGAGAAGCAACCGUUCUUCGGGCUAAAGUACCCGGCCGGCACACCGAUGUCUUGGGUGGUUGUGAACAAAGUGUUAAACAGAAUAAAGAAGCCGGUGUAUUUCCUCGACGUUACAAAGCUUUCGCAGUAUCGGAAAGAUGCACACCCGUCGGCUUAUAGUGGGGAGCAUAGCGGCACGGACUGCAGCCAUUGGUGUCUUCCGGGGCUGCCGGAUACUUGGAAUGAGCUCCUAUAUGCAGCCCUCUUCGGUUGAAGGCAGAGGGUGUGGGCAAAGUACUUAGUGGAAUUAGAAAGAAAACCCAUUGUUUUCAAUUCUAAGAGUUUAAUUUUUAUUAUUGUUGUGUAAGUGGGCAAUAAGAGGGUUGAUGCUCCUGUUGUAAAUUUUUAAGAUUAUUUUGGCAGAAAGUUGCCUUGAAUUGGAAGCAAUAUAUACCCUUGUGAGUUUUUAACAUCA